AUGCCAGGUGAUAUGGUUAAGAUCAUAUUAGAUAAGAUUUAUAAUAAAAUUGUACCUAAACCUAUCAAUCUCCGCCCUGGGUAUGAUAUGGAACAUGUUUUUAACUAUCGACUUCAAACUGAUAACUAUCGAUAUGAAAAAGUGGUUGAAAUAGAAAAACAAUAUGAUUAUUUAUCUAUUAUUAGACCUCAUGAAACUUCCCAGCAAUGGGCUAAUCGUGUAAGAGGUCCUCUGCAAGAACUACUUUCUAAGCGAGAAUAUAGUUUAUAUCAUGUGUACUGCCUCUUCGCUUCCUUUGGGCAAGUAAAAUCCACAACAUACUAUGUUAAUGGUGAUUUAAAUAGUACCCCCUUUGAAUAUUGUAGACCUAAUGUCCAUAAAAGUCAGAUGGCUAUCUGCUUUAAAUGCUGGAAAUUGGUGAAGAUUACCGAAGUAGAGCCUAGAAAGGAAUAUUAUAGUGGCUGGGGGAGAUGGGCCUAUGAGGUUGAGUCCGAAGAUUUGAUGAAGAAUCAUUGGAAUUACUCUUGCUUCAAGGCUAAUACUGCAACUAUAACAAAAAAUACUAUGCUAAGUGCUUCAAAUUUCGAGCCAGCUUAUAUUCCACCUUCCGGGCAAGAAAUGAUUUCACCAACUUCUUAUCAAUCAUCGAAUUGUAGAAUUAAUACAAGUGAAAUAUUUAUCUCGUCUCUGUAUGCUAAACAAAAUAAUUUACUACCAUCCAUAAACCAUCUUAAUCAGCCAGUGUUAAAAUUAGAAGAUGGAACGGAAAUCACAAUUGUUUAG